GCAGAAAGAGUAUAUAUCUAUUUUAGCUCCAAUAGGAUUUGGCCAAUUUUUUGUCAUUUUUAACGUGACCAUGCAAAUCUAUAUGAACCUUAGUUAGAUUUCAUUAGUGGAUUACUGAAUCAGCAGAUUGAUGGAAAAUACAUCAUAAAGAUUUUUAUUAAUCUACCCUUUUGUCUGAAAUAACCAAUUAUAACUUUAAAUAAUAUUGUUUCUCAUUCCAAACUUUCGACUAAAACUAAGAGAUAUUGCUGAUAAUUAACUCAAUAUUAAUCGGCAUAUCUGUCAAUGCUUUUCAGAAUACAAAAUUCAUCCCUCCUUGCCUCGAUUAGAAGUGAAAAUGAUCCAUGGAUUCUUCAUGUUAUGUUCUACGAUUUGAGAAUAAGGAUAUUGUAUUUUUUCAUGUUAUCUUCUACAAUUCUCUUAUUCUAGAUAGAAUUUACACAAACUUACAUGUAUAUGGACAAUAUCAUAUCAUUAUAGAACAUGUGAAAGAUAGCAAUUAAUUUUAAAUGAAUAUUUGAAUCUUUUUUUUUUUGUACAUUAGAUUCAUUGUCUUUGCGUUUGGUUAUAUAUAUUUAAAGUUUGAGAUAGUAAACCUUUUGAGUCAGAUUCUGUCGUUUACUAGCCAAUAACAUUGCUUUUGGUUUUGAGUAGAGAAUGUUUGUAAAGAGAGAGUGAGAAGAAACAAAUAGAAAAAACCAAUCAAAGUAAUCAGUGAGAUGAUGAAAAGAAUACAUUUUUUUAGUAAUAUUUGUUUGUUUCUACUUGUAUUAUCAAUCCAAACCGCUUUAUUUAAGUCUAUCUGAUCUGUUCCAAGUUUUAGUGAUUAGCUAGGAUUAGGACGAUACAUCGAGUACACGAAACAGAUUGAUGAUCGAACAGGCGAUGAAGCACUUGUUCUUGAAGUUCAAUAAACUAACAAAGUCACUAACUCCUAAGAAAUGGAGAAACUCUGAAAAUGCUUCUGUUGUAAGUGGAAGAGAAUCUGCAGAAGCAAUGGCAAAGUCUGCUAAGAAGAAGGAUCUGAUCAUCCAUGGUUCCGGGAGUAUAAAUAUUGAUGGUUCGAGCAAUUUUGUCUCGAGUUUUUCAAAGAGGGGUGAGAAAGGAAUCAAUCAGGACUGCUGCAUUGUGUGGGAGGAAUUUGGGUGUCAAAAAGAUAUGAUAUUUUGUGGGGUUUUUGAUGGCCAUGGACCAUGGGGGCAUUUUGUUGCAAAAGAGGUUAGAGAGUCAAUGCCAAUUGCUCUACUUUGCAAUUGGGAAGAAGCACUUGUUCAAACUUCUCUUCUUCACCCACAUUUGGAACUCAACUCAACAAAAACAAAUUUACACUUCAAUUUGUGGGAGCGUUCUUAUAUAGAAGCAUGUGCUGUGGUCGAUCCAGAACUUGAGCGACAUCCUAAAAUCGACACAUUUCAUAGCGGAACAACGGCCCUUUCCAUUGUUCGACAAGGUGAAACAAUUGUCAUUGCAAACCUUGGCGACUCUCGAGCCGUGUUGGCUACAAGUUCUAAUGAUGGAAAUUCAAUGUUGUCACCCAUUCAGCUCACUAUCGAUUUCAAGCCAAAUCUACCUCAAGAGGCUGAGAGGAUAACACAAUGCAAUGGGAGGGUUUUUUGCUUGCAAGAUGAACCAGGGACUCAACGUCUUUGGUUGCCGAAUGGGAAAAUGCCAGGACUAUCAAUAUCGAGAUCGUUUGGCGAUUUCUGCUUUAAGCAUUUUGGACUUAUUUCCAUGUCUGAUGUAACACAAAGAAGUGUAACCAAUAAAGACUUAUUUGUUAUACUUGCAACUGAUGGGAUAUGGGACGUGGUCUCGAAUCAAGAAGCUGUGCAGAUCGUACAUUCGACGAUAGAUCGAAAAAAGUCAGCUCGACGAUUGGUUGAUUAUGCAACUUGUGCAUGGAAGCGGAAGAGGCCUAGAAUUGCAAUGGAUGAUAUGUCAGUAAUUGUCCUUUACCUCCAUUCUUCACCCUUGCAUCAAUAAUCUUUUUGUAUAUUGUAGCACCAAUGUAAAAACCAAAAAAGAACAUCAAUGUUUAUGUAUGUUCAUUCUUUAGGCUACUUGUUACCGCAAAAUGUUAACGUAAAAAUGACAUGUAGUUUUAAUCAUACCA